AUGGCGGCGGCGCGCGCAGCCCUGGUUCUCGGGGGCCUCGCCGUGCUCGCCGCUGCGGGCCGCAGCGGCGCCCACGCGCCGGGCUGCGCCAACGGCACCUCCGACCCGCACGAGCCCGCCGCCUGCGAGGCCGAGGCGCUGAUGCCGGUGAGGCUGCUGCAGUCCGAGCUGCGCAUGAGCAGGGCGUCGCCCGCGCGCCGCCGCGCCGACCACGGGCAGGCGGCCGAGCCGCACGGCGGCAGAGCUGCGCGGGCCACUCCUGGCGCGCCCGCCGGCGACGCGGCCGCCAGCCGCGGUGCUCCUCGGCCGGGCGCGCCUGCCAGCGGCGCCCGCUGGGCGCGGCGGCGCCGCCCCACCGCCGCGCAGCGGCAGCGCUCGGCGAGGAGGCAGCGCCAGGCGCUGGCGCGGCGGGGCGCCCCCUCGGCGGCCGCGGCCGCGGCUGCGGCGAGCCCCGCUGCCCUCGCGGAGAUGAGCCUGGGGACGACGACGACGGAGAGCCCCACUGGCGUUACGGUGAACGCGGCUGGCGACCUCACGGACUUUCUUGAGACCUCCCUUAUGUACAUCAUCUUGAUCGGAGUCAUGUAUACGGGCUUCAGCAUUGCUCGCAGGCGAUACCCGCUGGUCUACAGCAAGAACGUGCUUCCAGGCUUCGCGCUGGGCUCGCUGCCAGUGCCCGACGACUCCUUCAACGGGUGGGUGUCGACCACGUACAAGCUUAACUUGGAGGAGGUCGCCAACCACGUGGGCCUCGACAGGGCAAUGUUGCUGAGGUUUUGCGACCUGGGCAUGACCAUGAUGGCGUGGAUCGGCAUACCAAUGAUUUGCAUCGGGGGCACCUGCAACCUCCUGUUCGGAGGGAACGCGGCGGACGGAGACAACAUGAGCCUUCUGUCCUUCGGCAACGUAGAGUACGGGAGCUGGCUAUACUACCCCUACUCGGUCGUGGUGUGGAUGGUCUGUGUGCUCGUCCACAAGAAGAUCUGCGCCGCACAGUCGGAGUUCUUGCAGCUGCGCUUCAAGUGGCUCCGCGAGAUGGACCGGGUGCGGGCCAACACGGUGUUGGUGGACGGCAUACCCGACGAGUACCAGAGGGACGACCUGCUCCACGAUUUCUUCGACAGGAUGUUCCCUGGGAAGUGCAUCAUGGACGCGCACUGCGUGAAGGACUCGGGCGACCUGUUCGCUCACUGGCAGCGCCGCGCCGUGCUGAGGGUCCUGCUCCGCGAGGCGGAGGCCAAGUGGGAGAUGAGCGGGAAGAAUCCGGACGAUCGUCCGCAGCACUCGAAGAGCCUUAUCGGCGUCGACAUGGUCGGCGGCACCAAGGUGGACAGCAUUGACGCCUACCAGAUGGAGCUCGACGAGAUCGAAGGGAAGAUCAAGGAGGAACGCGAGAAGCUCGAGGAUGACAGCAAGACGAUCGGAGGCGUCAAUCUCUCAACGGGCUUCGUCACCUUCACCGAGCGCAGCUUCGCCGAGAUCGCACUGGCGGUCAACGUCGCCGAGGACAGGAAUGUGUGGGCCAUCGAGAACCCGCCGUCGCCUGCGGACAUCUUGUGGGGCGAUCUGAAGCAGGACCCCAACGCGCGCGCCGGGCGCGAGGUCAUUGGCUUCCUGCUCGUCGUGGGGCUCUACAUGGCCUACCUGCCGCUCGUCAUCGUGAUCACGAACAUCGCGGAGCUCGUGGACAUGGGUCCGCUGGACUCCCUUUGGAGCGUAGUGGCACCCACCGCGGGCCUCCAGUUCAUGGUCGCCUUCCUUCCCACGUUCCUCAUGAUCAUCUUCGAGAACUUCUUCACCCUCAAGGCGGGCGCGUGGGCGCAGCACAAGGUGCAGACCUGGUACUUCUGGUUCAACGUGGUCUUCGUGAUCAUGAUCGCGGCGGUCGGCACCGACUUCUUCGAAUUUGCGGACGCCCUGCUCGAAUCGCCGUUCUCGAUCUUCUCGCUGCUGGGCGAUUCGCUGCCGUAUGCCACGCACUACUACAUGAACUACAUAGUGCUGCAGUGGUUCGUUCAUUUCCUCAACCUGACGAGGUACAUCCAGUACUCGAAGUUCAAGGGCUUCAGCGCUCUUUACCCGGAGGAGGAGGCGGCCAAAAUGUGCGAGCCAGAGGACCAGCACUACUAUGGGAUAGGUUCCCGCUCCGCCCGCUUCACUACGAUACUGUGCAUCGGCAUCGUGUACGGCACGAUGUCUCCGCCUAUAAACCUGCUGGCGUGGGUCAACUUCUACGUCUGCCGACUCGUCUACGGGUACACGAUGGUGUUUGCCGAGACCAAAAAGACGGACCUCGGGGGCGUCUUCUGGGCGACGCAGCUCGCGCACAUCUACGUCGGGCUCAUAAUAUACGUCGUCUGCAUGACCGGUGUCUUCUACUGCCGCGUCAACGCGGUGGAGCCGUCGAUCACGGCUCCAGUAGUCGUCUCGGCGCUCGCCAUUCCUUACGUCAUCUGGGCCCGGCGCAAGUUCGAAGCGAGCUACAACUGGGAGCGCCUGCCCUUCAGCGAGGUCUUCCAGAAGCAGGACGAGGGCUCCAAAAAGCGGCACGUCGGAGGGAACUACCUCCAGCCGGAAUGCCUCCCGGACGACCUGCAGGACGCAGACGUCUUCGGCUCCUCGCUGCUGGCGCACCAUCAGGCCGCCCUCCUGUCUGGCCUGCACGGCGCCACCGCCGCCGCCCCUGGCGCGCUGAUGGCGGGGCUCGGCAGCGUCGGCCGCAAGUGA